AUGGAUAUUCAUGGUCUGAACUAUACCCUUGGUGAAGAUGUUAAUGGUCCUCUACUAGCAGCUGCACUUGCUGUAGAAAUGAUUGCUGCAUUGAUCGUUAAUACUUUUGUUCUUGUUGCUACUUUUUCUCAAUGCAAAUCCUUAAAGUUACCAUCUACUAUACUCUUUACUUCUCUGAUUAUGAUACAUUAUGUAAUAGCCCUCAUAUACAUUCCAUCUUGGCUCAUAUCAGCAGCAUAUGGAGAAUGGAUCUUUGGGAGUACAAUACAAGUAAAAGAGGCAACCUGUAAAUUUGCUGGAUUCAUACUGAAUUACACUUUGCAAGUCAAAAGUUUUACACUAGCUGCUAUAUCUGUUGAUCGUUGGUUAUUCAUUGUCAAGCCUAUCUUUUACAAGCAAUACAUGAAAGCUAAACUAGCUGUGGUCCUGGCUGUUAUUAUUUGGAUAGGGUCUUGUUUAUCAGUAGCUACACCAUUCUUUGGAAUCGGAAAUUACUUCUUUACAGAAUUUGGAUCUUGUGAACCUCAAUUUUUAGGUGAAUUAGGUUACAGUAUCCUGAUGCUAAUAUUCGUUUUAACUGCGCUAUGCAUUAUCAUAGUUACAUCAAUUUGGACGUGUUGUUUCACAAGAAGAUUCAUCCGGGAACAUGCUCAAUUAGCAGAUGAGAGUGCAUACGUGUCAAAGAAUAGAAGAAUCAUAGGAAUAUUUGGAGCAAUGCUUGUUGCAUAUGGGGUAUGCUAUACUCCUGGUAUUAUUGUUAUUAUUGCCAGUCUGUUUUGUGAUGUCAAUGCUGCAGCUUUUGCUGCAGUGUUGGUUUUUUUCCUGACAGUAAUUAUUAUUAAUCCAAUCAUCCAGUCAGUUUUUAGGCCUGAUGUAAAGAAAGUGAUCGUUAAAUUAUGUGCAAUGUGUCGAAAAUUUCAUCAUUCUCCGGAGGCUUAA